CUCCUUUAUGCUUUUGAUUUUAAUUUUUUUUUCAUAAUUUUAAUUUCUGGGGCUUUGACAAUCACUAAAUAUGAUUAUACCAACCAAUAUGAUCACAUGAGCUAGCUAGCUAGCUAGCUUUAACAAAUAAAUAUGUAUCAUUUACGCAUGCCACACUGAUAUUCAUUUGGAGAGCAACAAAAAAACCAUAAUUCACUCUGCAUCUAUCUCUCCAUUUCCCUCUGCUUUUAUUUUACUUUUGCUAUUACUUGUCGUACAAGUCAUGGCUCCAAACUCUCCGGAACCUUACAACCCCGUUGAUUUCCGAGCCCCGCCGCCUUCUCCGAUAGCCAGUGGCAGAAGAUCAUCCUUCGCAAACGACGACGUUCUCACCGACUUCCUUGAGCACUCACUCCGUGUCCCUGACCUCAUCUUGCCCGACAAUAUCUUCCCCAGACAGAAAUUCAUCGAAAGCCCCCCUGUCAUCGAUUUCGAUGCCCUUGUUUCGUCGGAAUCUGAUGCAGUUUCCGCUAUGAUGGAGUCCCUUGCAAGCAUUGGAUGCUUUCAGCUUGUCAACCAUGGGAUUUCUAGUGAAACUGUGAGGUCGGUUCAGGCUGCCGGUAUGGGGAUUUUUGGAGUGCCGCCGGAAGAGAGGGCGGCGGUGACUAGGUCGCCGGAGAAGCCGUACGGGUUCGAUGAAGUUCAUGGGGAGGAGAUUGAGAAUGAGUUGAGUGAAGAGUUUGUGUGGAGUUUGGAUCAAGGUUUGAAGUUGAGAAUGGAGGGAAUUUGGCCCUUUGGAUAUUCCAAUUUCUGCAAACAAAUGGAAGCCCUUUGGUUGGAAAUGGAGAAGGUGGCAGAGAAAAUUCUGCUAGCUUGUCUAAAUAAUGGUAUAAGAAAAUCCAGCAAUAUUAAAAACGAUGAGAUAUUGGUGGAAUUAGGACACGAACCAUCUGUAUGUUGUUUGUACAAACACAGACACAGCCCAGAGGUGUUGAUUAAUGAUGGAUUGGGAGGCAACUCAGUGAAAUACGAUGUGAUUAGGAUGCUGAUAAGGAGAACUGAUUACUCUCAUGCCCUCUGCUUUCAUCUUUGUGAAGGCACCUCUGAGUUUCAUGUUUACUCCAAAAAAGGAUGGGUUUCAUUCACCCCUAGUCAUAAACAUGUUUUCCUCAUCACCAUUGGAGAUCAAAUCCAGGCAUGGAGUGGUGGGAAGUAUAAGCAUGUGCUAGGAAGGCCAAUCUUUAAAGCAAAUAAAGAAGACUAUAUUUCAAUGGCUUUCCUUUACUCUCCACGACCAAGUAUCAACAUCGACUCCACAAACAAAAUCAGUGAAAACACUAUUUCACUCACCCAACAAUUCAUAUUGGCUGUAUUGUUAACUUUUGUUUUCCAAUUUUUGGUUUACAUCUAUACAAAAUUUUGAUAAUACAUCAUAUAUUGUGUAAUUAAUAAGUAAGUAUGAAAUGAAAUUUCUUAUGUAUGAAACAAAAUUUCUUAUUUUCA